UUUACAGAAGGGUGUUCCGCGUUCGCGGUGCGGGAGCGGUCAGUCGGGGUGGCGGGGCUGGGGCCGGCCGGGGCGGGCGGCUCCGCGCUCCGCGUUGGGCCGCUGGGAGGGCGAUGACGGAAUACAAGCUGGUGGUGGUGGGAGCUGGCGGCGUCGGGAAGAGCGCGUUGACCAUCCAGCUCAUCCAGAACCACUUCGUGGACGAGUACGACCCCACCAUCGAGGAUUCGUACAGAAAGCAGGUUGUCAUUGAUGGAGAGACGUGCUUGUUAGAUAUUCUGGACACUGCAGGACAGGAAGAAUACAGUGCUAUGCGAGAUCAGUACAUGAGAACUGGGGAAGGAUUCCUGUGUGUGUUUGCCAUUAACAACAGUAAAUCAUUCGCUGAUAUUAACCUUUACAGAGAGCAAAUCAAGAGAGUGAAAGAUUCAGACGAUGUGCCGAUGGUGCUGGUUGGGAAUAAGUGUGAUUUGCCCACGAGGACAGUAGACACAAAACAAGCUCAAGAAUUAGCAAAAAGUUAUGGCAUUCCUUUCAUAGAGACAUCAGCUAAAACGAGACAGGGUGUGGAAGAUGCAUUUUACACACUGGUGAGAGAGAUUCGGCAGUACCGGAUGAAAAAGCUCAACAGCAAUGAAGACGGGAAUCAAGGCUGUAUGGGGUUGUCUUGCAUUGUGAUGUGAUAAGAUGCCAGGUUCAGAUGUAGCUGCUGGACAAGUCUCAAUGCUACUGUAUUGUGUCUCAUGCUGAUGCCCUGCAGUAUUUUGGUGCCAGCGACCAGACUUUUGGUACCAAUUAAUUAGCACAGGAUCCUUUUCUGUGCUCCAUCUGAAGAAAACAUCUCUGGUAUCUACCUCCUCGCUCAGCUCACAGAGCAGUCAUAUCUCUUGGUGUACUGGGAUUCUUUUCUAGCUGUGCUGUCUGGGUUUGUUCAAGAAGAAAACCAGUCACAAGAAAAGUGAAUUACAGAGACUAAAUGCUGUGAAAAAGAUCACACUUUACCUCCAGAGUAAAAGCUAGAAGUGGCGUUUGACCCCUUUGCAUUGGAUUCAGAUUUGCGGUGUUGUCAGAGGAGUGGCAGGAGUAAUUUUGCCAUUACAAAGGUUUCUGUCACCAGUCGGAUUGAUGUCUGCUGUCUGUGCACCCAGUGUAUCUGCAACAUCUGCAUUGUGCCAGGAGUAUCACUUCACUGAUUAACUGAUCCUUUAUUUUUCUGUAAUAAAAAGGAGAUAUCUUCGCUAACUUAAGUGCCUGUUUGCUCGGAAGGUUGGAGGUUGAGAGCUGUUCCCUUGGGCUGAGGAAAACCCCAAGGAUGAAUUUCUUGGGUGCUCAUUGUCUUGAGCAGGCAAGUUUUGUGCGGGUGAUCUCUUUUCAUGGUAAGAUGCUAAAAUGGGAGUUUGUAGUCUGGAAGAUCGAUCGGGUGUUUGUGAGACUCUUCAGUUAGGGAGAGGAGUGUAAACUACGCCAGUUCUUGAUCCAUCAGAAUGCUUCCACCCACCUCCGUGCGUGGAACUGUGUAUGUUCUGUUUUGGUUUUCUACAGCAUUUGGAUCUCUUUCAGGUUGGACCAAAUUAGUGACCUGUUCAUUUUAACAUAACUGCCAAUAUUUAUAGACAAUUUCUUACGGACCAAUAAUGGAUUUAGAAACUGGAGGUUGCUUUGGGCAGCUGUUCUUCAACUCUGUCUGUAACUUGCAAGUUAUUCUGAGUUAUUUUCUGCAGAGCCUCCUUCCUUAUCAGGGGAGGAGCCUGGGAGUUGAGGUUGACUAUAAUUGGGUCAAUGGUUGUCACAGACUUCAGGUGCCCAGGCUGAGUGGAAGAGGCACUGAGCUGACUUCUAAUUGCAGCAUCCUUGCAAAAUGAGGAAGGGAGUUCAGUGAUGUCUGCUCUGGAGAUGUAUGAUACACUGACAGCAGUUCUGGGUUUGUUGUAACAGCCUCAAAGUAGGACUGAAGUGCUGUGUGAGCUGUGUGACUUCUUCCUAGAACACAGCACUGCCCCCCGUAUGGUUGGGACGUGCAGGUGAGACCAGAACCCACCGGGGUUCCUUGAUGUACCUUGGCCUUCUCAGUUCUUGUGCCAGUGAUGCUGGGUUCUGUUCUGUGGUGUCAGACAGCAUCGUAUAGCAAAGCUGAAUUCCCUGUGAGUCUGGUGAGAGAAUCACGAGCCUUCAGCCAACAGAGGGAGCGUUCAAUCUGCUGGAGCAGUGCGAGCUGUAGACGCGACAAGAGGCGUAAUUUCAGUUUGUUGCAGUCAGGUUUCUAUAUUUUCAAAACUGAAAUCAGAAAUAAGGAAAUAUUGAGAAAAUAAGCAGUUGCUUUUAAUGCUCUUUUCUCCACUAAUAGUACUCCUGAUUUUCUUCUUGGGAUGCGGAGGAUUGAUCUGUGUAACUUUAUCUGUGAUGCUCCAGAUAAGUGUUUUAGAAUUCAUUUUAUCCUUGAAUGAUGGAAAUGAGAAGAAUUUAACAAAUAUUUUUACAUAAAACAUGGUUUUCCAGUGACCUACUGAGUGGUGGGAAGCGUUAUGGGAUAGCAGCACCUGUGACUCGAGUUAAUUUGAAGGCAAUCUCUUGCCUGCAGGUUAAAUGGGACAGAAUCACGAUCACUGUGAGCUGUGUGUGGUCAGCAAGCAGUCUGUGGGUUUUUCUUAAUGUGUUCUUUUUGUCUGUCUUAACUUGGUGCAGGAAGAUUUCCUCAUGACAGCAUUCUUUGAGGUGUGUCAGCAGGAGCUGACUUUGCUCCUUAAGCUGUGAUGUACUGUUGUCCACUUAAUGGAAUUACGGAAAGAAACAGCUGCUGGGAGCCACAUCUGGUCACCUACAUUCAGUGUUUUGGGAAGCUGUCGGUGUGGAGUUUGCAUUGUGUUUGAAUGAUGAGUUCGUGGUGGGUCUGUUACGCUUCUGGAUGAUUUGGGGAAAUGUGGAGCUGCUUCCCUGGCAGACAGGAGCAGCUCAGGGUGCUGCUGCCUAUGGCUGUGGGAAAUCUCACAGUUGGUGUUUGAACAGUGGCCAAAUUUGCCAAUUAAAAAUACAUUUUGUAGGGAGAUUUGUCAUAACUUUCUACUUUGUGUGGCACGCUCUGCUUUCUGAAAGCAUACUAGCCAUAACUCAAAAAGUUGUGAAUCCUCAGAAUAAUACAGGAGCUGGCAAUUGUGUCUGCUUUCUCUUUGAUGUGUUCCAUUUCUCUUGGGUUGGAUAAAGCUUUAAAAAGGAAGGAGCCCUGGUGAGGGUUGGUUGGUGUGCAUUUCAUUUUUGGAACCAGAGAGGAAGUUGCAUCAACUUUCAGGAUGCUGCAGAGCUCACUUGUACAGGUGGUGCUCCAAUCUGUGUUUUGGGGUCAAAUCUAGAGAGUGAUUUUGCAAAAUCAGAUUUUGUGCCCAAUCCUGAGCAUGAACUGAAUGGUUGUACCUGGUUUCUGGUUGUGUACACGCAUACAGACACGCCUGUAUGUGGGUAGUUUGAGUCAGUCAAGGUUGCUGUCAGUACCUAAAGCAGAAUGCACCGCAUAAUGCAUGCAGGCAAAAGUCCUAUCUUAGGAGCCAUCUCUUCAUGGGUUUGGCUUUAUAUAGGCAGUAUUUUUAAACAGAAUAUCUGAAGCGCUUUCUGGAGUUCUCUGGUAAUGCAGUGGCACCUCUUUGGAUGAAGGAAGAUGUGUUUGAGGAGCACAUGAGCAGAUUUACUACUCUAGCAGAGAGGUUUUGGUGACCGUGGAAAAGGUUUUGUGUCCUGGAUCUGUGUGUGCUCUUGGUGAGCUGCAGUCCAUGACAGGGUCCAGCCAGGUGAGAAGGAAACCUGGCCAUCCCACUCUUGAGCGCCGCUCCGCCUCAGUAGCUGCACCAGAUGUGCCCUUUCAGUCAAGGUGCUCUGAUCUCUUAGAGCUUCCUGUAGUUUAAGAUGCCACUCGUUCUACAGCUUGCUCAGUUAACGUCUGUUGGUGGCGUUGAGUUGGAUGUGUGUGGCAGGAAGGAGCAGGGCGUGAUGCGCCUCUGUAACCAGGACUUCACUGCAGUGGUUGGCAGAUAGAAAACGCAGCUGUUCCUUUAAAGCAAGCAGAAUGUGGAUGGUCAGCCAAACUGCCCUGGCUUUGGUGGAAACUGCACUGCAGGAGGACCAAACCCCAAGAAGCUUUGGAACAUUUGUUUAGAAGAUAAGCACAGAUGGUUUUGCACAAGGCAGCUCCUCAUAGUGGUGAUUUUGUACAUUUAGUCCAAAUGUUGUCAUGUAGAUUUAGCAGCACCACACUGUGUCUGUGCCCAUUUAACCUCGUUAUACUAAGGAGAACAGACCCUAAACAACCUUGUUCAAAAACUACCCGUGCAAAUAACUGAACUAAAUAUUUGUUACUGCUGACUGGGAGCAGCUGUUCAAGUGUAGCAUUGUGGCUUGUUAAUGUGAGCCCCAGCUCCAUGGUCUGAUUAAAAACAACCACAAACAUUGCUCAGCUUUUGUUCUUAGUGUCAUCAGAAAGACUUGAAUAGUGAUGGUAAUGCUUACGUAGAUGUGUCUUGUGAGUGCACUUCAGUGAUUUAGAAAGAACUGGAUUUCAAGCAACUUUGGACCUGUGGGGGGAGGGAGGUUAAUGAAGGUUUGAAUCACAUUCUAAUUCUGUGUCCUUCAUUACUCCACAAGCCUAAAUCCUAGACAGCCUCCAGGAUAGCUGGCAACUGUUGAGAUCUGGACUUUUUUUAUUUUAUCCAAGGGCUAACUUGUUGUAACUUGAUAUAAUUAUCUGCUUUCAGAAAUGCAUCUCUGUUGGUUUGAAUUGAAGUAAAUUAUUUUGCUUCCUAAAUAACUUUUUUAAAGAAUAAACUCUGUGAAUUCUU